AUGUUUGUCCCAUUCAGCAAGCGCAAGCUCGAAACUCUGGAGCUCGUCGAAGAGCACAAUGGCGAACUCUUAUGGAUUAUUCUCAACCGCCCUACAUUCUUGAACUCGUUGUCCCCAACUCUGACCAUGGAGCUCCACAGCCUGCUCGACGAAUUGAACAACACUACUCCCGAAAGUCGUAAAGUUAGAUGUAUCAUCUUGGCUGGAAAUGGUCGUGGAUUCUGUGCUGGCUUGGACUUUGUCGCAUACUCCAAACCACGUCCCGGACCAGUCGACUCGCUCCUUGGCCAACAAAACUUUUCAAACCUCGUCCUCAAGCUCCGACGAAUCCCACAAGCUGUCAUCUCUUGCAACCAAGGACCCACCGUCGGUGGUGGUCUAGGAAUGACGCUCGCCGCUGACGUCCGUAUCGGAACACCCUCCUCCAGAUUCAGUGUCGGUGCAUCACGAUUAGGUCUCACUGGUGGUGAAUGUGGUAUCUCAUUCCACUUGCCUCAGAUCGUUGGACGUGGAUUGGCGUCCGAGAUGAUUUUGACUGGGUGUUUUGUUGAUGCUGAACGCGCAUCCAAAUUCGGCCUCGUAAACCACGUAGUCCCUGAAGACAAGCUCCGAGAAACUGCCCGCAACAUGGCAUUCGAGAUGCUGUCCUUGUCGCCCAACGGAUUGAGAUUGUCCAAGAUGGAAUUGAACAAUUGGGCUGAUGGAAUGAGUUUGAGUGCUGCUAUUGCUGCUGAAGAUGUUUACCAGAUGUACUUGUCUGCGACACCCGAGAGCUCUGCUGUAUCACGUAAAUUCAUGGAAAAGAUUCUUGGCUCCAAGGCUGCCAAGAUCUAG